AUGGACGAGGAAUGUGCAUUUGAAGAAUAUGGAAGCUUCAUGGAUUUUGAUGUUCUGGAAGCAUUGCAGUCGGAACCAAGCAAGAAGAAGGCAACGCUGAGUGGUAACAAGGAGGCAGCAAGUGGCUCGCAAUCUAAAGGAAAGAAUGAUGAGCCAAACUCACUUGGAAAAUUGCACGUGGAUUACUCUGAUUCGGGUGCCGACCCUUCGGACCUGACUCCACAAGACAGAGGCGCGAUGGGCUCCGUUCCACCACCUGUUCCAUGA